UCACCACUCGGCAGCUAUGAGUGAAGAAAUGGAGGCAGGCGAUGAGACAGACUGGACGCAGUUGGAACCCAAGGACUCGGUCAAAAUCUUCUUGACUGUCUUGUACAGUCUUCUUCUGGUCACAGGAAUCCUGGGCAAUUGUGUCACCAUCCGAGUGACACAAGUGCUGAAGCGAAACGGUUACCUGCAGAAGAAUGUGACCGACCACAUGGUCAGCCUGGCUUGCUCUGACUUGUUGGUGCUCCUCGUCGGAAUGCCAGUGGAGCUCUACAGCGCCAUCUGGUUCCCCUUUACGUCGGCGUCAGGCGACGCCGCAUGUAAGAUCUACAACUUUGUUUUUGAGGCUUGCAGUUAUGCUACCAUCCUCAAUGUGGCCACUCUUAGCUUUGAGCGCUACGUGGCCAUCUGUCACCCUUUUCAUUUCAAAGCCUUGGGCUGCAAACGUACGUCGGCCCUCAUCACCUUCGCCUGGCUGGCGUCGGUACUCGUGGCACUGCCGUUGCUGGUUGCUACGGGAACACAAGGCCACAUUCCUUUUUCGGCAGACACGCCUGUCCAGAACUUGACUUUCUGCACAAACCUAAAGGAACGCUGGUUGAUGUACCGAGUCAGCAUCUUUGUGGCUUUUAUCGUCUACAUGCUGGUUUUGGUCUGCGUGGCCUUCAUGUGUCGCGCAAUGAUCCUGGUUCUGCGGGGAGUCCCAGGUUCUUUAGAUGACGGAAUCCCAAGAUCGUCGAAGCAUGAAAGCUCGAAGGUCAAGAUAGCCAGGAAGCAGAGCAUUAUUUUCCUUGGCCUGAUUGUUGGCUCCCUGAUGGUGUGUUGGUUCCCCAAUCAAAUCCGUCGUCUUAUGAUGGCCGCCGUUCCUAAAUCCCGCUGGACUGCAGCCUACUUUUGGAGCUACGUCACCCUCCACCCGGUGGCCGACACCUUCUUCUAUCUCAGCUCAGUCCUCAACCCGUUCCUGUACAACGUGUCCUCCAGACAGUUCAGGGACGUCUUUGUCCAGGUGUUGCGGUGCCGCCUUACGGUCCAACACGUCAACAAGCGGGCCUUGAAUUACUCCGGCGUGGCUUCAGCAAGCUCCCUCUAGCCUCUGCUGCUCAAGUCCUUGCGUCGCAGUCAGAAGGUCCGCUGCACUUUAGCAAAAGGUUCCUCUCAGGACCAAAGUGGCUCAGGGAUGCGUUUGGAUGGUCUGACAGCCCCAAAGGAGUUAGCUGAGGCUCUCACAACAAAGACAUGUUAAAAACAAGAACAAUGUAAAUACUAAACGACUUUAUUCAUGUAGAAAUCAGUGUUAAUUUUGAGAGCCUUGACAAAUACUUUUUUUUCUAAUUUUAGUCAUUUAAAUUGUUUUAGUCGACUAAAUUCCUCAAUAUUUUAGUCAACGAUAUUUACAGUAAAUUGUCGGCCAAAAUAUAAAGUAUUUUGCAUAUUUGAAGUUGCCUUGAAACCACUUUUAUUAAAGUUAUUGCAGGGCAUCUCAAAAACUAACUUCACCAGAAUUGUAUCAAUAAGUACAUUUCUCACUAACCUCACUGAGUUAUUAUUUUAGAAGAAAUUAAGCAUUUUUUAAAAAUGUUGAAUACUAUAGGACUAAAAUUGUCAUAUCAAGAAACAAACUAGUUUCGUUCUAUGUUGUAUACAGCAACCAGUGUUGUAAAUCU